GAGAGCGCAGCUCGGCCCCGCCGCCCGGCCCGUGGUCCCGGGCGCAGCCACGCGGGCGCACGUAGACAGACCCCUUUGCCAUGAACCAGCCUGCCUCCAGGGCCCCCCCUCCGCCCCGCCGCGUGCGACUGAAGCCCUGGCUGGUGGCCCAGGUGAACAGCUGCCAGUACCCAGGGCUGCAGUGGGUCAAUGGGGAAAGGAAAUUCUUCUGCAUCCCGUGGCGCCACGCCACGCGGCACGGCCCCAGCCAGGACGGAGACAAUACCAUCUUCAAGGCCUGGGCCAAGGAGACAGGCAAGUACACGGAGGGGGUGGACGAGGCGGACCCGGCUAAGUGGAAGGCCAACCUGCGCUGUGCCCUUAACAAGAGCCGUGACUUCCGCCUCAUCUACGACGGACCCCGGGACAUGCCACCUCAGCCCUACAAGAUCUACGAGGUCUGCUCUAAUGGCUCUGCUCCCGCAGAGUCACAGCCCAGUGAGGACUACACUUUUGGUGCAGGGGAGGAGGAGGAGGUGGAGGAAGAGGAAAACGCGAGCUCAGGACCUUUCUUGGCGGCAUCCGCCUGUGCAGAUGUGCUCCAGAGGAUGUUACCAAGCCUGAGCAUCACAGAAGCCGUGCAACCUGGCCCCCCCAUGGCACCCUAUUCUUUACCCAAAGAGGAGGUCAAGUGGCCACCUGCUCUCCAGCCACCUGUGGUGCUGGGCCCUCCUGCACCGGACCCCAGCCUCCUGGGCCCCGCCCCUGGCAACCCUGCUGGCUUUGGGGAACUUCUCCCUGAGGUCCUGCCAAGCCUGCAGCCUGGGCCCCUUGCUGCUGGCCUGCCCCCCACGGGUGAACAACAGCUUCUGCCUGACCUGCUGAUCAGCCCCCACAUGCUGCCUCUGACUGACCUGGAGAUCAAGUUCCAGUACCGGGGGCGACCACCCCGGGCCCUCACCAUCAGCAACCCACAGGGCUGCCGGCUCUUCUACAGUCAGCUGGAAGCCACCCAGGAGCAGGUAGAGCUCUUCGGCCCCGUGAGCCUGGAGCAAGUACGCUUCCCCAGCCCUGAGGACAUCCCCAGCGACAAGCAGCGCUUCUACACAAACCAGCUGCUGGACGUCCUCGACCGCGGGCUCAUACUCCAGCUGCAAGGCCAAGAUCUGUAUGCCAUCCGCCUGUGCCAGUGCAAGGUGUUCUGGAGCGGGCCCUGUGCCUCGGCCCACAGCUCGCACCCCAACCCCAUCCAGCGGGAGGUCAAAACCAAGCUCUUCAGCCUGGAGCAUUUUCUCAAUGAGCUCAUCCUGUUCCAAAAGGGCCAGACUAACACCCCACCGCCCUUCGAGAUCUUCUUCUGCUUUGGGGAGGAGUGGCCUGACCGCAAACCCCGGGAGAAGAAGCUCAUCACCGUACAGGUGGUGCCUGUAGCAGCCCGGCUGUUGCUGGAGAUGUUCUCAGGGGAGCUUUCUUGGUCAGCUGAUAGUAUCCGGCUACAGAUCUCAAACCCAGACCUCAAAGACCGCAUGGUGGAGCAGUUCAAGGAGCUCCAUCACAUCUGGCUGUCCCAGCAGCAGCUGCAGCCGGUGGCCCAGGCCUCUCCCGUGGCAGGCCUCAGUGCUGGCCAGGGGGCCUGGCCCAUGCACCCAGCUGGCAUGCAGCAAUGAGACUGCAGACAGGGACUGGUGCAGGCUUCCCAGGUGGCUGUGUGGGCUCAUGUGAAGGUAUGAUGGCCCCUGUGGGCACGUGACCGGCUGCAGGGCCCUCUACCUGGGUCUCCUGGAAAGGGAUUUGCACCAAGGAGAGGGAAGAGAGGUCCAAGCUCCAGGCUUUCUCUCAUAGCACCUGAGGGAAGCUGGAAGCCAGUUUUGCUUUGAGGGCUAUCUUCCUCUAUGUGCCUCUCCUCUGCUCCCCCUGGAGGAACUGAGCUAUUAGCCCCAGUGAGCAGAGAAGUUAACUCCACCAACCCUGGGGGCCUAGUUGAGAGGGAACUGUCCCAUAGUGGCCCACUCUUGAGGUUACCCCAAUUCCUCAGGCAAAAAGAGACAAGUACAGUGGACCACGCCCCCUCACCAGGACAUGGGUCUAAUCCGAUGUUGGGGUCCCCUAGUUUGAGCCUCACUUCCUCACAUCUUUCUCCCUCCGAGAUAGACAGGCACUUGGGUAUCAUACCAGAUCCUUAAGGCCAGCAGCUACCUCCUCCUUGAGAGUCUAAGAACACAGGCAGAAGUAGAAUUUUAUGUAUUUUUCAAUUAAUAAAUAUGAGAAACAGAUUCAGCUAUUUACUUUUUCCAGUACCAGUUGCUUCCAUGCUGUUCUACCAGACCUUAUUUCUGAUAUUCGAUGGCCCUGUUUCCCCUAGUACCUACCCUCCAACUCCAGGGCCACAACAGGAGGAGGGCCUGCCUUUUCAGGCUGAUGAGUCAGUGGGGCUCCAUAAGCACUCAGUUGGCCGGCUUUGCUUUCUAGGAGGAAGCUAGCUGAAGUAAGGGCGUGGGUCUUUAAUUGUGUGCAGUCUAAAAUCCUGUCCAGAUCAAAUUCUGAGUACAACUGAUGUUAUGCAGAAAGGUUUGUUUAAUUGAUUCCAAAUACUAUACAGAGCUCCGCAGUCAAGCUUAUUGGCUCAAAACCCAAUACUGUAGCAUACUGUGUGACCCUAUUUAUAUAAAACUAAAGAAAAUGCAGACUAAUCUACAGUGACAGAAAGCAGAUCAGUGGCUACUAGAGGAUGGUAGGAGGCAUGAGGAAACUUUUGGGAGUAAAGGUAUGUUCACUAUC